UCAUUCUACGUAACCAGGCGACACCGGAAGCGGAACUACGUCUCCAUGUUUCUGGAUACAUGGUGUAGUGAGCGGGCAGCGAAGUGAAUUAGUAACCGAAAAGGUUACAUUUUAUUUCUCAUUGAAGUUGGUGGUGAGCAUCCAUUUCAAAAUGGGGCGAAGAUCCACUUCAUCCACCAAGAGUGGGAAGUUCAUGAACCCCACAGAUCAAGCACGAAAGGAGGCAAGGAAGAGGGAACUGAAAAAGAACAAAAAACAAAGAAUGAUGGUGAGGGCUGCUGUGUUGAAAAUGAAAGACCCAAAGCAGAUAAUCAAAGACAUGGAGAAACUUGAUGAGAUGGAGUUUAACCCUGUACAGCAGCCUCAACUAAAUGAAAAAGUUCUCAAGGACAAACGGAAGAAAUUACGAGAGACGUUUGAACGUAUUCUACGACUGUAUGAGAAAGAAAAUCCUGAAACCUACAAAGAGCUCCGGAAAAUUGAGCUGGAUUAUGAACACAAGAGGUCACAGCUUAGCCAGUAUUUUGAUGCCGUGAAGAAUGCCCAGCAUGUUGAGGUGGAGAGCAUCCCGUUGCCAGACUUGCCACAUGCUCCUUCCAAUAUACUGAUCCAGGACAUCCCGCUUCCAGGAGCUCAGCCUCCUUCCAUCUUAAAGAAGACUUCUGCUUAUGGCCUACCCGGACGAGGUGUCUCCAUGCCUUUUCCUCCAGGCCAUGGUGUGCCACGCUUACCCCCGGGAAAGAAGCCCCCUGGACCACCACCUGGGCCUCCUCCACCCCAGGUACUCCAAAUGUAUGGCCGUAAAGUUGGCUUUGCUUUAGACAACAUCACAAAACGUCGGGAUGAGGAGAUGAGGUACAGCCCUGAAGCAGGAGCGCAACGAGGACACCAUGAUGGUGCAAGCUCAAGUGAAGAUGAAGGUUAUCCACAUGAGAUGGAGCAAGACAAAGAUGACGGUGGCAGCAGUUUAGAUGACAGUGAUAGCAAUCAAUCAGAUGACAGGGACACUGAUGGUGAAGACUACUCCCAACGUGAUGAAGAGAAGAAAAGCAGUGGGGAAAGGAAAGGAACUCAUAGUGUGCGAUUUGCUGAUGCACCUGAAAAACCUCACAAGAAGAAGAAGAAAAAGAAGAAUGUGAAGGAUUUGACUCCACUUCAAGCAAUGAUGUUGCGUAUGGCAGGUCAAGAGCUGGCUGAGGAAGAUGACGAUCACGAUGGUGAAGAUUACUCAUCAACAUCAUCUUCAGAGGAUGGUUCUGAUUCUGAAGACUCCCAGCAUCCUGAGGAGUCUAAAUCUGAAAGCACUGAAAGUUCUUCAGCACCAAUCACAGUACCACCACCAGUUACUGUCCCACCUCCACCACUACAGAUGCCUCCUUCCAUCAUGACAGGACCACCACCUCUUGGACCUCCUCCAGGACCACCACUUAGGCCACCUGGGCCACCAACAGGCAUGCCCCCAGGACCACCACCAGGUGCUCCUCCAUUCAUGAGGCCUCCUGGCCUUCGUGGGCCACCUCCUCGCUUAUUACCUCCAGGGCCACCACCUGGCCGCCCGCCAGGGCCACCACCAGGGCCACCCCCUGGCUUACCUCCGGGUCCACCCCCUCGAGGACCCCCACCUCGUCUUCCACCCCCAGCACCUCCAGGUAUGCCACCUCCUCCUCGCCCUAUGAUGCGUCCUCCUAUGGUUCCUCCACCUGGCACUGCACCCCCAGGUAUCUUCCCUCCAACACCUUUAGCGAAUCCUGGUGUUUUAAGUGCGCCACCAAGCUUGAUACAGCGUCCAAAGUCAGACGAAGGUGGAGCCACAAUUGAGAAGAAGGCCACGGCAACCAUCAGCGCUAAACCCCAGAUUACAAAUCCCAAAGCUGAGGUGACGCGUUUUGUACCAACUGCCCUCCGUGUACGCAGAGAAAACAAGGGAUCAGCACCAUUCACGGCUCAGAAGAAACCAGAAGAGGAGCUUGCAAGACCAGUUGCUAAACCAAGUCCCAAGGUUGGGGGGGCCCCAGUACCUGUGCAGACCAAGGACGAUAUGUAUGAAGCUUUCAUGAAAGAAAUGGAAGGGCUUCUCUAAAAGCCCGCAAACACAUGCUUGCAUUGUCCUUCCAGUUUAUCUGACAUCAUCAUCAGAACUAUGAAACCUACCUACAAACUGUUAUAUAGGUGUCGUCUCUAUUGUGAUCAGUAUAAAAUGUCUUCAGGCUGGUGUGUUUUAUUAGUGUGAAAUGUAGUUGGCCUCCUAAAUUCUGAAAUAUUCCCAAAGCGAUGACUUUUCAAAAUAUUUCUAGUUUUUUUUCUUUCUUCUUCAGUGACAAAAUGGCAAGAUUUGUGCUACUGAAAUCAGAGACUGAAGAGGGUCAGUAAAAUUAAUUUGGAUUUACCAUUUUGGUCUCUUUGUAUUACCACUUAUAAAGGAACAUGGUCUACAACUGUUGGGUUUUUGAUUCUGCACAGCCAAAGACAUUGAUUUUAGGUACAUUUACAUGGCCUGUAAGUGUUGUUGCUCUUAUCACAUGACCUGUAUUUCAUGAUGUCACUAUUAAGGAAAUCCAUUGCUCCUUAAAAUUAGGGUAAUUUACUUCAUUAUAAUUGUUUGCGAAGGAAAUCCACCCUGAAGCUACUGAUCUAAUAAACAUACAUCCUUUUUAAUUUGG